AUGUCAAACAUCCACGUCUCCCAGCACCCUUGCGUUCGCGCAAAGCUCAGCCAGUUGCGAUCUAGCGCCACAGGUCCCAGAGAAACAAGAGCUCUCGUCACCGAGAUCUCUAGCUUCCUAGCUGCAGAAGCAUUAGCUACCUCGUUAACCACCAUCCAAACGGGAGAGGGUACCUCUGCUCUUGGUGAAAAAUAUGCUGUCGAAGAUGUCGCCGAAAAGGUGGUUUUGGUUCCAAUCCUUCGAUCCGGUCUUGGGAUGCUUGAAGCCUUCAAUAACCUUCUCCCAACCCCUGCUGCUAUCUACCACUUAGGUCUCUUCCGUGAAAAGGCCACUCUAUCUCCAGUAGAAUACUACAACAACCUCCCAACAACAUCCGCCAAUUCCGGACCCCCAGCAGAUCUAGCUAUCAUUCUAGACCCUGUUAUCGCAACCGGUGGUACCGCUAUCGCUGCAAUCCAAACUUUGAAGGAAUGGGGUGUCAAGAAGAUUAUCCUAUGCAGCAUUCUCGGUGCCAAACCCGGUGUGAACCACGCUGCUGAAGAGUGGCCCGAAGGCGUGGAGGUUUACCUUGGAGCCAUUGAUCCAAAGACAACCCCUCAGGGAAUGAUUGUACCUGGGCUCGGAGACAUUGGUGACCGACUCUUCCUCACAAUUGGGAAAUGA